AUGUUUAAUUUAAAAAAUUAAUUAAGACGUAAUAACCAUGGGGGUAAUCUACUCUGGCCUUUGGUCAGUAAAGGAAACUCCGAGACUGACAAAGAGAGCAAAGUUCCUAGAGGAAAGAAGAAGACAAAUUGAUGAAAUGUUAACAGAGGAGGAUAGAAAAAAAGCUGAUCAAAGUAUCAAUCGACAGAGGAAUUUGUUCACUAAGAUGCCAUCCAUACUGACUGACACUGAAGCAAGGGUCCUGAGAAUUGAACCAAAGGAAUAUUCAAAAGACUUUCCGUUUGAAAACCUUGUCUUCAAUGGCGGAGGGGCGAAGGCCAUUGCUUAUGCUGGUGCCGUCAAGUGUUUGGAGGAGAUGAAUGUUAUGAACAAUAUCAAACGUUUUGGAGGGAGUAGUGCUGGCUCGGUGUUGGCGGGCCUCUUGGCAGCAGGAGUAACAAUAGAGGAAUAUCGCGAUGUUCUGGAACAAGCCCUGCUUAACGUUCUAGAUGCACGCUGGGGAUAUCUCAGUUUGAUUCCUAACUUAAUGCAUCACUUUGGAUGGCAUCCUAAUGUGAAAUUAUAUGAGUUAAUUGGAGGCUUAUUUGAAAAGAAACUUGGAAAUAAAGAUGUUACCUUCAAAGAGAUGUAUGAUAAAACUGGAAAGGAAGUCUGUAUCGUUGUGGCCAACCUGAAUUACCUCAGAGAAGAGUACUGUCAUCCUAAAACUACCCCGGACAUGCCAAUCCGAAUAGCCAUACGCAUGUCUUGCUCUUUUCCGGGCGUUAUGCAGGCUGUCCAGUACACACAAAACAAUGAAACAUGUACUUAUAUCGACGGAGCUGUGUCCUGUUACUAUCCGAUAUACUGCUUUGAUGGAUGGUGGCUGUCUAUGGAGAAAGGUAACAGCUUUAUAGAACGACUUCAUCCCUUAGAUGAUGUACCUACUUUAAUGAAGAAUGAAAACAGAUUCAAGAGGGAUCCAGCCACGUUCAAUAAAACACUAGGCUUCUAUCUGUAUUCAGAAUGCAGAAGCGACCACGUAAAGUGGGAACUGGAAAAAAGAAUGGGAAUGGACGUCUACGAGUUACCAGACACAAAACUAGCAAGAAAAAUGGGGAACAGAAGACGAUACGUUGAUCGGGCGUCACGUGAACACAGGCGUCUCGUCCGAGCACUGGAUGAAUUUUUAAAGGUCAUAAAGAAAAUGGUAAUUGACAAAUCGUCCAUAACCAGAGAUGCUUUUGAAGAAGCUUUUGACGAUGAUGAUGUUCAGGAACAAAGUUUCAGAAUUUUAUUCGGAGAUGAGUGUUCUGUCGGGGAAGCAUUUAACAUUUUAGACGAGGACGGAAAUGGAGAGAUAAGUUAUUCCGAGCUAGUAGACUUCAUACAAGGUAUCGGAGUACAUAUUCAACAAAGAAUAUAUGGACUUGAGAAACUGGAAGUGAAUUCUAUUUCAUCUUUCAUGUCCGCCAUGUUGACUGCGUUUUGGGCAAAUAAGAACAGGGAUGCCAAUUUGGAUGUCGAAUUAGACAGGACAGUCGGAAUAAAUACAAUUUAUGUCGACACUCAUGACUAUACCUUGGAAAAAGAAGACAUCGUGUUUCUCGAAAAGCAAGGAUACAAUGCAACAAUGGUCUUUCUACGGUAUUUUAUUGCGAAGUCGGGAUUCACAAUCUGACCUAAAAAAAAAAUCCAACUCAUCGGAAAAAAACUGUGCUCUCUUUGUACUUUACAGUGACUUGAAGAUUCAGCCUGCUUUGUUUAUGUCAGCGGAUUUCGUUUGUUUUAAAUUUGUAUUCUUGUUAAUAGCCUCCCAGUUCUCUAUGCAUCUUAUGAUAUAUUUUUUCCUCUAAUUU